AGAGCUUCAGCCAGUGUCCUGCAGCCACACACCUGCUGGCGGCUGUGAGCUCGUGGCUCUUGGGCUGGAGGCUGGAGCUGGCCACUCCUCUGUCACAGCCAUAGCCACCUCUCCCUCUCAUUCCACUCGGAUGAGCCAGUGGCCCACCGAGCCCCCAGACCCCACUUGCUAGUGGGGAAGGGCAGGCCAGCAUCUGGGCAGGUGGAUAAUGAGUGACAGAUGACCAGGGGAAGCUAGUCUUCAAGGACUCCCAUGGGACUGUCCCCAGGACCAGAAAGGGAAGCAGGGAAGGCUUGCAGAGGGAGACAGGGCUCUGCGUGGCGACUGCUCCCUUGUCACACAAACGCACCUGUCCUUGAAUCGCACUUGGGCCACUCUGGAAUCUGCAGCCCUAAGACACCUGGGGUGCCUCUGUGGGCCCAACCUGGCCUCCCCGGGGGGAGGGGGUGUGAAGCUUGUGGAUUCUGGGAACCAGAGUGGCCGGCAGAGGCCCUGAGGGAGUGUCUCUGCCUGCGGUGCUGGGGUCCCUGGUUUCAUGGGGCUGGAGCGGAGGCUGAGGGCAGACAGCAGGGGGAGGCACAGCUCCAGCCUGGUCUCACCCACCCCAGGGGCAGGCGCCUCACUUGACUGCCCAUUUGCCCAUUUUCUGGUCUGGGGGCCAGGUGGCGGAGGGGAAGCCUCCGCUGGGGCUUGGGCCGCUUCCCAGGAUACUCUGCACAUGCGCAUGCGCUGGCUCUUUGCCCUGCAGAAGGAGGUUGCUGAAGCCUAAACUGACACAGGCCUGGGUGGAGGUUUGGGGGGUCCCCCUCUGGGCCUCCCUGCAGGGAGAAGAGUGUGGAAGGUGGUUUGGUCUCCUGCAGGCCCCCACCUGUCACCUGGGGACAAUCUUCUCCAGGAAGAAGCUCCCAUCCAGCUCCCACUCACACGGGUCUACAAGGCCCCCCACCCCGGGGAGUGCUUGGGGGUCUCCCCAGAUUGCCCACCCCCUGCCCCACCCAAGGGGCUGGCAGGUGGAAAGGGGUGUCGUCUCGGCCCUGCCCAGGCCUCUGUCUUGGGAGGGAUGUCAGCAGGAAACCAGGGGGCCUGCGAGCCCCUGGCCUUGUCCACGGGCCGGGGCCCUGAGUUUGCAUGGAGCCCAGCACCUGGGACUGGGGUGUGAGGUGAGGACGGCCACGCUGCGGGUGAGGGGUCACUCAGCAUGAGCCCCCAGCCCCGGGCUCCUCGGCUCCCCUGUUUCGAGUGGGGAAACCAAGGCCAGCCGGGGGCAGCCCAGCCUCCACACAUGGAACUUGCCUGCCCAGCCCGGCCGGCCCUGCCCAGCCCUGCCCAGCCCUGCGGGUGGAGAGCCUGGGCUCUCACAGCUGGGGGCCGGGCUGACUCAGACCCAAGAGCCCCGGGCAGAGGGGCCGUCCAUUCCCAGAGGGGGUGUGGCAGGAGGGCUGGUUGGUCCUGUGAGCAGGGCCAGAGGUGCACAGACGCCACCCUGGAGGCCCAUGAAGACCAUGGCCUUGCAGACGGCUCGGCCCCACCUGGGAUCCCGGGGGACCCGCACUCCUGGAAGCCUCCUGCUCCUCCUUCUCAGCCUCGGGUGGGUGCCACCUUCCAGGGCCCAGGCUGCAGACACGGGACAGGGUGUCCUGAUCCCAUGGCUGCAGCACACCUCCAGGGAUCUGUCCUGGCAGCCGCCUGAGCUGACGGCCAUCCGUCCAAGGGCUCAGGGGGGCACAGAGAAGCGGGCCUGCCCCCCGGGGCGGAAGGCCCAGGUGGUGGAUGAACACCUUGUGUUCUACGAGGAUUGGGAGCUGGAGGCCUGUGUGGAUGGGGCCCUGCUGGCCGAUCAGAUGGACCAGGUGAACCUGGUCCCCUUCACCUACGAGCAGCUGCAUGUCUUCAAGCUCAAACUGGAUGAGCUCUACCCACAGGGCUACCCCACCUCCCUGGUCCAGCGCCUGAGGUACUUCUUCCUCUCGGUCACCCCCGAGGACAUCUGCAAGUGGAAUGUGACAUCCCUGGAGACCGUGAAAUCUCUGCUCAAAGUCAGCAAAGGGCGCGGGAUGGAUGCACAGGUGGCCGCCCUGAUUGCCCGCUAUGUAGGGGGAGGGGGCCAGCUAGACGGCGCCACCUUGGACAUCCUAGCUACUUUCCGCCCUACCUACCUGUGCUUCCUCAGCCCUGAGCAGCUGAGCUCUAUACAGCUCAGCGUUGUUCGGGUGACCAGGCCCCCGGACCUGGACGCGUGCAGCCCCCUGCAGGUGGCUGUCCUCUAUCCCAAGGCCCGCUCUGCCUUCCAGAACAUGAGUGGGUCUGAAUACUUGGCGAGGAUCAAGCCCUACCUGGGUGGGGCCCCCACGGAGGACCUGCGGGCUCUUAGUCGGCAAAACAUUAGCCUGGACAUGGCCACAUUCAAGAAGCUGCAGACGGAGGUCUUGCGGAAGCUGACCAUCACUGAGGUGCAGAAACUUCUGGGUCCACACCUGGCGGGCCUGAAGGCGGAGGAGGAGAACAGCCCUGUGCGCGACUGGAUCUCCCGGCAGCCGCAGGACGACCUGGACCGGCUGGGGCUGGGGCUCCAGGGCGGCAUCCCCAACGGCUACCUGGUCCUGGACAUCAACAUCCGAGAGGCCCCCUCGGGAGGCUCCCACCCCCUCAGACCAGGACUUGCAUCUGUGCUCACGCUGACCCCAAGUCUGCUCCUGGCCUUGAUCCCGAAAUGAACCCUUGGCUGCACCCUGGGGACUGGACCCUACUGUGGAGACCCCGCCUGGCGAGAGCAGACCUGGUGGUCCCACCCGAGGACACCAGAGCUCAAUAAAAGACCUGUUCCCACUGGAA